AUGGCGGCCGUAAGCAUCUCACUUGCUUUUUCUGCUGAUUCUCUAAAUCCGAGCCGAUCGGCGAAGUUUGGUCUCUCUUCUAGUUCUAGAUAUCCUUCACUGUAUUCGUGUAGAUCUCACCGUUCCAGUGUCAGAUUCGCUUUCCCUCCGUCUCCGCAUUCUUCUUCUGUUACCACAGCCACCGAAACGGGUGGCGAAGAAGCUACGAAAUCUACUACCGGAAGCUACGAUUUUCUCGAGGAAUCGUUUCGUACGGGGAGGUUUUUGAGUAACGCGGAGCUCGAGAAGCUCAAAGCUCUUGAAGGAUUCGCGUAUUUUCAGGAGCUCGAAUCGGGAUCGAUGUGGGUUCGGGUUAUGAGAGCCGAUGAGAUGGAUUCUACGGUGAAGCUCUUAGCUGAGUCAUUCGGCGAGUCGAUGCUAUUGCCUUCUGGUUAUCAAUCUGUGUUGAGAUUCUUAGUGAAGCAGUAUCUGAUUGAGAGGAGAGAAGUGUUGCCACACGCAGUGACCUUAGUUGGAUUCUACAGGAAGAAAUCGGAUUCGUGUAGUAGUGAUGGAGAGGAAGCUGAAAUGGCUGGAACAGUGGAGGUUUGCUUCGACAAACGAGGCGCUAAUGCUUCGCCUCCUUCUCCGACUCCUCCCAAAGAAUCACCUUAUGUCUGCAACAUGACUGUGAAAGAGGACCUUAGAAGGAGGGGAAUUGGGUGGCAUUUGUUGAAGGCGAGUGAAGAAUUGAUAUCUCAGCUUAGUGCGUCGAAAGAUGUCUACUUGCACUGCAGGAUGGUCGAUGAGGCUCCUUUCAAAAUGUACAGGAAAGCAGGAUACGAGGUUGUGAAGACAGAUACCAUUUUGAUCCUUUUAAUGUUACAGCGGCGUAAGCAUUUGAUGCGCAAGAAGCUCCCACCUUGCACCACCAUCCCUUCAGAUUCGGUAGAGAUGGACCAGAUGGUGGGGUCUGAUAAUGACCUGACCUCUUCUGCCAAUGUGUGA